AUGCUCACCCCAGUCUUCUGGAUCACUCAAGACGACGAUAGUCUUCUCAUCAGAAUCCGUGCUCCACACGGAAAUUUGGCCGAAUUGGAUUACGAUCACGGCGAGUACAUGUUCGUUUUCACAUGUCCGCCCUAUUUUUUGAGGGUACACUUCAAACAAAUGGUCGAGGAGUACGGUAGUGGGAAUGGGAAGGUCGAGUGGAAUUCUGAUGAAGGAGAAUUCCACAUCCGCGUGCCAAAAAUCCACAAAUCCGAACAUUUCACCAAUUUGGAUAUGAUCACGGAGCUCCUGAAUCCCACCACCGCCACCCAACCACACGGAAGAGCUCUCGUUGAGGAAAUAGAAGAGAAUUCAGAAGAAGAAGACGUCGAGGAUUCAGAAGGCAACGAAUUUCUCAUCGAUCAGGAGAUUCCGAGUGUUGAAACGCCGAAAAGUGAUACAGAAAUCAAGAAAUUCGGUUAUGGAUUCGGAUGGACGAAGAUUGGAAUCAUCGAGAGAUUACGAGGAGAAAUUGGGAAUCUAGUGGAUAUUCAGAAUCCAGAAGACGUCGAAAUUCAGAUGAGAUUGGACGAAAUGACGAAGACGGAUUGGGAGGCAUUUGAUGAGGGCAGAUAUUUAGCGGACACCCUGGAACCAGAAGAGGAGCUUCUCUCCCUAGUCUCCGCCCCUUUUUCGAUGUCCCAAUUUCUGGAAAUAACAGAAGAGGAUCGAAUGAAAUUAAAGGAUCUCCGAAAGACGAAAAUAUCAAAAAUAUGGGCGACGAAUGAGGAAAUUGGGAUAUCAUUAUUGGAUAUUCUCUAUGGAUAUCUAUACGAUCAACGAGUUAAUCAAUGGGAAUCAAAUUGUGAAUCCGGAUGGACUGUCGCCAAAUUAUCAUCCAGUUUAAGCUAUUUUGUGAAAUUUGGAAGUGUUAAAGAGUGUGUAAUCUCUUCGAUCCGCCGUUCCCUCUGCUAUCCACUCUACCGUAAUCUCCGUCUCUCCUUCCGUAUUCUUGAAGAUCUCCUUCAAAUUCUAAGCUCCGCCCACCCGACUACAGUAAUCCUUCAUAUUCUGUGUGAUAUCCAUCGAAUUUUCAUCGAUUCUGGAGAUUUUCGAUAUAUUCUCAAUGAUUUAUUCAUUACGGAUUACAUCUUCUGGAUUCAGACGGAAGAUUCUGAAGACGUCGUCAGAGGGAUUCAGAAGGAAUUAGAAGACGUCGUUGCGGGGAUUCAGAAGGCCGACGUCGGAUGGGAUUUGGAGAUUUUGGAGACUGAGGCGAAGAUGCAGGCGACAAUGUUGGAUAGCGAUGAUGAUGAAAUGCCCCAGAAUAAUUGA